AAUAAAUCAAUAUUGAAAACAAACAAAUAAUGAAAAGAAAUUAUAUAAACAAUGAUGGAUGUAGAAAAUUGUUUACUUGACUCAUUUAGUACAUAGAUAUGAUAUGCACUACAAAAAUACUUUGAAAAUUUUUCGCAAGAUAGCUUCAUGUCUGCAUUUGUGACACUGUAGACAAAAUAAAAGCUGGUUGAUUAGCAUAUUACUAAAGCUUUUUGUGGAGAAGAUCUACAAACUAAUUAUUCUCGUCGACAUCAUGGAACUGGAAGAACUGAUGACAAACCGAGCACUGCUUGAAAAAAUGUCGGAAAACGAUAUUCACACCAACUUUCGUAAGGCACCUAAACAUGUGAUCAUUCAAGAAAAUCAUACCAAGCCAAAAGAAAUGAGAAUCGAAUAUAAAAAUGCACUUAAUACCACUGGUUACUUCGUGGAGAAUACUGUCAAUCAAAAUACGCCGCUUCAGUCGCCAACACCGACGGUUUUGGAAGGCUAUGGUUGCAAAUGUCCGCAUAAACUGAAGAGAGUCUUAAAAAUUCUUUGGAUAUUAUUAUUACUGCUAUACAUAUUUGGCAUGCCGCUUCUUUUGCUUCAUUUUAAUUCAAAUUUAUCUACCCUAAAAACAAAAAUUGGAACACUGCAGCACGAUAUUGAAAAACACUUAAAAACUUCACAGAGCGAACAUGAAGGAAGUUCUUCAAAAAUAACAAAGGAGAAGGGUGGAGAAGGAGCAACUUCGAAUAAAGUGUCAACGAAUGAUUUUGAAAAGUACUAUAAAGAAACGACAAAUUUCAAAAUUGAUGUUAAAAAUAAACUAAAGAGUAUGGAAACUAGAGUACGACAACAAGAAAAAAGGUUGUCUCUGCUAAAAGGAAUCGAAAUUUGGUUAAACAAGACCUUAUCCAAUAGAUCGCAAAAUAAUGAUAAAAAAUGUGUUUGCUUGGAUGUAAGGUACAUAUUGGGCUGGCUCGGAAAAACUGAAACUUCUCAACAAAGCAAGGAAGAUAAAUGUAGCUGUCCAGAUAGUUCUGGAAUUGGAUUGCGUGGACCACCAGGACCAAGAGGCCCACCUGGACAGGAUGCUAUUAUAGAUGAGAAAAUUAUCAAAAAAUUUCCGGGCUUAAAAGGUCCACCUGGUGAGAAAGGAGAGAAAGGAGAAACUGGUUCGCCCGGAUUGCAGGGGAAACCAGGACUGAAUGGAACUUGCGAUGGGAAUUAUAACAAACAAGCUCAGCUUAGCGCAGUGUAUACAAGAUGGGGCAAAAACACAUGUCCUGAAGCAGCUAAUGCAACGGUUGUAUAUAGAGGUUAUAUUGGAACUUCGUAUCACAACCACGAUGGAGGAGGCUCAAACUACCUCUGCUUACCUGAACAACCGAAAUAUAAUAAAUAUGACACCACCAAGAAUUCGAAGAACAGAGCUUAUAUGCACGGUACCGAAUUUGAACUCGGUGACUCAGCAAUUUUUGACACUUCUGUUAAAAGUGGACAAUAUUUUGAUGCACUAUGUUCAGUCUGCGAAGUAAAAUCAAGAAGCAAUUCGAUAAUGGUUCCCGCAACAACAGAAUGUCCCGAAGGAUGGCGUAGAGAGUACUACGGCUAUUUAAUGGCACAGAAAAGUUAUUUAAAAAGAACAGAAUAUAUUUGUGUAGAUCACCAACCAGAUUUGACAAUUGGUACUGAAAAUUGGGGCAAAGGAGCGCUUUUGCAUUUUGUUGAAACAAGGUGCGGAGUUCUACCGUGUAACUCCGGUCAAUAUCAAGAAUACUGGGAACUAAGUUGUGCUGUUUGUACUAGAUAAUAUCUUAUCUUUCUUUUCGAUGCUCUAAGAUUGGCAGCAACCAGUUUGGACUGGACACAUCUGUAAUGUGUAAACACACUUUAAAAAUACUGGCAUAUCUUAGAACGUGUGAGCAAGUAAACGAAGGUAAACAUGCGAUCAACUAAUUGGCACAAUUUUUUUUAUCUAGCAAAGCAAAUUUUUUUAUUAGGAGAAAAUACGCUUGACUAAAAGAACGAAACAUUGACCUGCUUUUCCAUGGUUUUGUUAGCCUAAAAAAGACUGGAAAGGAAAAUAAAAACAUUUAUUGUUUAUAUUUAUAAAUACUUGAAAUAUACAAAAAUCUAAAGUA